UCUGAUCCGGGUUGGAAAUGGGAUGGUUAACAGCCUAGCGCCAAAGCCGCCACUCGUCUCCACCACCUCGCUAGGGCGAUCGCCGGGAAUCGAUCGUAGAGCAGCAGCCGACAGAAGUAGAGAAAAAUUUUUGUAAGAAUUAUCGUUGAUCGAUAUCAACAAUCUAUCCGCGCGGUACGCAGGCAGAAGGGAUUUCUUAUCUUAUAAUUUUCACGCUACCAAGGUGCGUUUUUUACUCCGAUUGGCCGCGGGUCCUCGAUUUAACGGAUCCUGAUGAUUUUUUCUGGCUCGUCGUUCUCUGGUGCCUACCCUUCUAAGGAUCCUGUGGAAAUUUGUAUUCCUGUUAUCUGUGAAUUUGAGUUUAGGUUAUUCGAUAGCUCCAAUUUAGCUUCAAGAUAACUGGGGCCCGUGAAUUGUUUUUUUUGGAUGGGUUAUGGUGCUGGGCUGGAGAAAUUUGUUGAUUUCUAUGCAUAGUGGAAGGUGGUGGUUCUUUACGAAGGGAUGAUUAGGUUUUUACGGGCUUUAUGAUUGGAUGCGUGGGGAUUGAGUUUGGUGCUUUCAACACGUCUUCUUUAUGCUGUUGGAUGAAGUGAGAUUCAAGUUUUGGACAGUUAGGUUUUCUCUUGAAUCUUCCUGCAGGGUAAAUGUGUUCUGCUAUUUUUCUCUCUGUGGGGGUGAUGGAAAAUUUGUUUUGGUGAAGUUCUUUGCGCUGUAUGUUGGUAUCUGGUUGGGGUUCGGAGAUGAACUCCGCCAUGGAUGAGAUCGAUCUGCUGCGGCAGGCUGCUCAACGUCAUCAAUUGGUAAUGAGGGGAAUAGGGGAAGAAAUAGACUUAGAAAUAGGGCCAGGUGAUGAUGACCCUUCAUUUACUAGCACACCUCUUGUGGUUGUAGCUCCACAAGACUGUUCGGCCGAAGAACAAGAAGAUCACAAACAGCUCCUUUUGGCCUCUGAGAUUCCUGGUGAAGAUCUGCAUGACCUAGGGAAAAUGCCGCAGGCCAAGAGGAAGAAGAAGGUGGUGAAGAAGUGGAGGGAAGAGUGGGCGGACACGUAUAAAUGGGCUUAUGUCGAUGUUCAUGACGGCACAACCAGGAUUUUCUGCUCAGUUUGUAGAGAAUAUGGAAGGAAGCACAGGAGAAACCCUUAUGGGAAUGAGGGAAGUAGAAACAUGCAGAUGAGUGCAUUGGAAGAGCACAAUAACAGUCUUCUUCAUAAGGAAGCUCUUAGGCUUCAAUUGGCUUCCAAGGACAAAACUUUACCUGUAGUUGAGAGACUUGUUUAUGUGAAAGGUAACCUUUCAUGUUGAAUAU